CCUAAAAUAUGCGCGGCAUCGAUUAAACACGCCAAGUCACAAACUUUUAAUUUGCAGGAAGUAAUAAUUUGUUUUGCUUAUCAAAAACUUUGGUAAUAAUCUUAACGAUGCACAAAAAAAGUACAAAUUUGCGUAAUAUACAAGCCGAUUGAAACUAGUCAUUAUUUUCUAACGUGUGGUUUCCAGUAACAUGACUAAAUCUUAUUUGUGUGCUUGUUCGUUACGCUUGAUAUUCUCAAAGUUAUAGGUUAUGUUUAUCUAAACACGGUUUUCUGAUGAAAAAAGGCUCAAAACGUCGCAUAAAACUGUGAAAUAAUAAAACUGCACAACAUCUGUGAUUGAAGAUACUCUCAAAGUGUAAAGUAAAUCACAAAACGUGAAAUAAAGUGAGGCAACGAUGUUCAAGAAUACAUUCCAAAGUGGUUUUUUAUCCAUACUUUACAGCAUUGGCAGUAAGCCUUUGCAAAUAUGGGAUAAAAAAGUAAGAAACGGACAUAUAAAAAGAAUUACUGACAAUGAUAUUCAGAGUCUGGUACUUGAAAUUCUUGGAAGCAAUGUCAGCACAACGUAUAUUACCUGCCCGGCUGAUCCAAGAAAAACUUUGGGCAUCAAGCUACCUUUUCUUGUGAUGAUUAUUAAAAAUCUGAAGAAGUAUUUUACCUUCGAAGUUCAGGUGAUAGACGACAAGAAUGUCCGGCGAAGAUUUCGGGCCAGUAAUUACCAAUCCACAACGAGGGUAAAACCUUUUAUCUGUACAAUGCCAAUGAGACUGGACGACGGCUGGAAUCAAAUACAGUUCAACCUUGCGGAUUUCACUCGUCGCGCAUACGGUACAAAUUAUGUAGAGACAUUGAGAGUUCAAAUUCACGCAAAUUGCAGGAUACGUAGAGUCUAUUUCUCUGAUAGGCUAUAUUCGGAGGACGAGUUGCCAGCCGAAUUUAAAUUAUUUUUACCAAUUCAAAACAAAGCAAAGUGUUAACGUUUAGCUUAAUUCAUCUGCAAUUAUGUUUAUCGCAUCGUCGUACAAAAAAUGUUCUCUCGAAAUCGCAACUUUCAAAUUAAUCAUGAAUUGCUGUUUUCGGUUCAAGUAAGUGUCCUUCGUAACUCAAGUUUGAAAAUAAAUUUAUUGCACGUCGAAGUAUUUCGCAGCAGUUUUUCACAAACGUUUUAUAAAAGUGUUAUUUAUUAAUGAAUUUUCGCUAGUUGAAAGUGAGAAUAAAGUUUAAAGUGAGUAA